AUGGAAAUCGCGCUGGACUCCAACACUAGUAAUAAUACUUCACUGACUACGUCGUUUAAAACGGUGGUUUCGGCGGUUAGGAUUAGCGGCGGGGACGUGGGUUGUGUCGGUGAUGGAAUGGUGAAUAUUGAGAUAGAAGCGGCUGAAGCUUUGGCCGGUUUGGCACAUUCAUCAGCUUGGCGGGUUCACGAAGAAGAAGAAGAAGAAGAAUUGCUGAGGGGUUCUUCAAAAGAGGGAGAUGUAUCUCUUUCGCCGCUUAUGGGUUCUGGAAAGGAUGCAUCUCCUCUGAGUGUUGAGCAGCAUUACCGAGAUGUGGACAACAGCAGGGAGAUAACAGAAAAUGGUGGAAGAGAUGUUAAUCUCCAUAAAUCUAGUCUGUUGCCUCCCACCAUAAUUUCCCCUCAUCUUAGUGUGGGCAAGUCAAGACAACAUUUGAAUGAGGCAGAAAAAGAGGCUCGAAGGCUCCAUAGAGUAUUGGCAAACAGAGAGUCAGCUAGACAAACAAUUCUCCGCCGCCAGGCUCAUUCUGAGGAGUUGAGGAAAAAAGCUGCUAGUUUAGCUUGGGAGAAUGACGACCUGAAAAAGGAAAAGGAGCAGGUUAAUCAAGAAUAUGAUGAUCUGAAGAACAUCAAUGAAAGCUUAAAAGUACAGAUCGGCAGAAGGGACACUGUGGAAGAAACCAAUGUAGAACCAAAGUCAACCCCCCCUAAGACAUCCACUUCUCGAUCUGCCUGUCCUCCGCCUUUCCUAUAUAAUCAACAGCCAUUUUUUUGGUCUCCUCUUAUUCAAUUACCAAAUGGGUCACAAAAUGGCAUCUCUGUUGGACCAACACUUCCAACUUAUAAUGUUUCUUCUGAACAAGAGAAUAAUGGUCCUGGAGUUGCAUUAUGUGUUUAUCCAUGUGCGUGGUUCAUGCCUCCAACUGAUCAUGGUGAUCAUCUUCAUAUAUGGCCAUUCAACAAUCCUUCAAGCACCAAUGGUCCCAACACCAGUCCAUCCACAAAAACCAUAGAGAAUCACAACCAUCAACCGUCUAUGAGAUUGGAUACAGAAACUUGUAGAAAGAUGGCAAGCGAAGGAGGGCAGAAGAGUAUUGAAUUUGGAACAGAAGAAGUGGUUCCCAUUCCUUCACUAUUAACUUCCUUUGUGAAGGGUGUAGUGGCUGGUAAGCGUAAAGCCUCCCAUUGUUCUACGAGUAAGACAAUUCACUCUUUCCUAGGAAAGGAAAAACCAACUUCUUAUGUAGUAAUAAACAAGAAAAGAAUAUCUGAUGCUGCUGCGGAGGCCAGGAGGAAGAGGAAGGAAGUAACCAGACUUAAACGAGUUUAAAUACACUGCUGAGGUCUCUUAUGCACAUUCAGAUAAACAUAGUAGCCGAGGAUGGGUCAGUUCUUCUCGAGCUUCUUUCUUGCAGUUGGAAGUAGUUUACUAUAUUAUGUGUUUCUGUGUAGUUUGUGUAAAACUCUAAUAGUGAGUUGGUUUUGUGAAAAAGUCAGUGUGUGUGCUUUUGUAAAAUAGAGAAGCUUAUGAGCUUUUACAAGUAUGAUGUAGUUGUUGUACAUAUGGCUUUUGGAGAGAGGACCAGCUUUUUCAGACACAAAGGAAAAGAGCAAGAAUGUUUGUUCUAGUCUAUUUGUUGAUGUGUAAAGCAUUCUAUAUUUUGGUCUCUAUUUCUAUUAUUAGAUCUUCAAGGUUGUGUUU